AUGCCUACGCUAUCUCUAAGUCCUUGUCUUAUUGGUGUUUCAGGAGGGCCAUGUUCUGGUAAAUCAACAGUAUGUCAAAAAAUUGUCGAAGCAUUACAAUCAAAAGCUGGUAUGGGUCAAGCAAAUCGUGUUACUGUUAUAGCAAUGGAAAAUUUUUAUAAACCUAAAACAGCUGAACAACGUGAUUUGGCUUUACAUGGAAAUUAUAAUCUUGAUCAUCCGAGUGCAUUUCAUGAACAACUUCUUUUUAAUACUUUAAAAGAUUUACUUAAUGGUCAAACUGUCAAAAUUGCUCGUUAUGAUGCUGGUAAAUAUGAACAUAUUAAAGGAGUUUUUGAUACGAUUGAACCUGUACCAGUUAUUAUCGUUGAAGGAAUUCUUGUUUUUUAUUUUCCUGAAAUUCGAAAUUUAUUUCAAAUGAAAUUAUUUGUCGAUACAGAUGCUGAUACUCGUUUAGCUCGUCGUGUUCUACGUGAUAUGAAAGAACAUGGAAGAAAUUUAGAACAUAUUUUAGCUGGCUAUAUAAAUCAUGUUAAACCGUCAUUUGAAGAUUUUUGUUUACCAACAAAAAAAUAUGCUGAUGUCAUUAUACCACGUGGUGCUGACAAUCACGUUGCUGUGGAUCUUAUUAUACAACAUAUCAGAGAUUUUAUUCAAUAUAAACCAGGCAAAACUGAAACCCAACAAUCAAUAGAAUAUAAUUUACGAUCCCGACCUCAUUAG